AUGCGCCAUGAUGCCUUGGAGCUCGCAAGACAAGCGCUCGACGACUUUAGGGCUCCGUCGGGCGACGCCACGACCUCCGCCAAGGAUUCGUUUGCUCGGCUCUUAGCAAGCUGCCGGGAUGUGGGCGAGGGCAAGCGCAUCCACUGCUCGAUUCUCGAGAGGGGCCUUGGCCAUAGCAGACUCCUCUCGAAUCUCCUCAUCCAAAUGUAUGGAAGGUGCGGCCACGUCGACGCCGCGCGAGGGAUAUUCGAAUCCAUCGGCGAGCCCAACGUCUACUCGUGGUGCAUCCUCCUCACGGCAUAUGCCGAUAAUGGGCAUCUUGUUCAGGCGCGAAGGAUAUUCGAUUCCAUGCCCGAGCACAACCUCGUAUCAUGGACGGCCAUGAUCGCGGCAUUUUCACAACGGCAGGAUCUUCAUGAGGCACAGGCGCUCUUUGAUUCGAUGCCCGCGCAAAGCAUUGCCGCGUGGAAUGCCCUAAUUACGGCAUAUGCCACAAGUGGGCAUUGUGAGACAGCAAGGCGCUUGUUCAACUCUAUGCCCGCCCGGGACAUCAUCUCCUGGAAUGCCCUAAUCGCGGCGUAUGGUGCAAACACCUUGCUCGGAGAAGCCGCGGGCCUCUUCUGGGCCAUGCCCGAGAGAAACGUGGUGACGUGGACCUCAAUGCUCACGGCAUAUGCCCAAGGUGGGCAUAUGCUUGAAGCUAGAAGAAUAUUCGACUCCAUGCCCGAGAGGAACGUUGUGUCUUGGACCGCGAUGCUCCACGCAUAUGCCGAGAGCGGGCAUCUAGGGCUCGCUAGGGCGACGUUUGAUGCGAUGCCCGAAAGGAAUGUGGUGUCGUGGACGGCCAUGGUCCAGAUCUACGCGCUUGCCGGCCAGGUCGAGCGCAGCAAGGAGAUCUUCGAUGAUAUGCCCGAGAGAAACCCUAUGUCUUGGACGACGAUGAUCCAGGCGUACGCUUGCCACGGGCAAAUCCGGGAGGCCGCGGCUACAUUCCAGGCGAUGCCGGCGUGGGAUAUGGUGGCGUGCACGGCGAUGCUUGCGGCGCACGCCGCUAGCGGGGAUUUGGAGGCGGCGAAAUCGCGCUUCGAUGGAAUGCCGGCGUGGGAUCUGGUCUCUUGGAGCGCGCUCCUCGCGGCGUAUUCCCUGCGCGUCGAUCGGCCGGAGCUCCUCGAGAAUCUCCACGAGCAAGGAUCAGGAGAGAGCGAUGGCGCCGUAAUAUCGGGCAAGAUGCUGGAUCGGGCAAAGACGCUCUUCGAUCUGGUGCCGGAGCGCGAUCCAGUCAUGUGGACGUGGAUGAUCGCGGCGUUCUCCCACGCCGGCCAUCUCGAUCGAGCGCGCAGGAUGUUUGAGACGAUGCCGGAGAGGGAUCUGGUCUGCUGGAACACGAUGAUCGGCGUGUAUGCCGAGUCCGGCCACCGCAUGAUCAUCGAGCUCGUCCAGGCGAUGGAGCUCCAGGGCCUGGACCCCGAUCGAUUCUCCUUCAUGAGCGCCAUCGCUGCGUGUAGCCGGCUGGGAUGGCGCGACCGGGGCUGGAAAUAUUUCGUGUCGAUGAUCCAAGAUCGGGGAAUCCGGCCCUCGCGAGAGCACUUCUCGUGCGUGGUGGAUCUGCUGGGGCGAUCGGGAGAUCUGGGGCACGCCGAGGAGCUCGUCCGAUCGAUGCCGUUCUCGCCGGACGCCACGGAUUGGGGGGCGCUGCUCGGUGCGAGCGCGACGCAGCGCGACGUGGAUCUGGCGGCGCAGGCAGCGGGGAAUGCAUCAGUGCUGGAGCCGGAGAUGGCAUCGUCCUACGUGCUGCUCGCCAGCGCCCUGGCCGAUCGAUCGAGUGGAGGAAGAAGAAGAGAAAGUAUUUAG